AUGAAAAGUUUUAUUGAUCUUGAUUUAGCUGAAAAAAUCUAUUUUUAUAAACGAGAAUAUUUAUCAACAAAACAAGAAUGGAUAAAUGAAGCAUGUAAUCAAUUAAGAAAUCGUCUUAACUAUUUAAAUACAAUUGUUUGUCAAAAAUUAAAUGAAAAUUUAACGCGCGCUAUUGAUAAUUGUAUUGCGUCAUGUCGUUAUCAUUUUUUUUCAUAUGAUGGGCCAAAGUAUAAAAUUUUAAGUUUACCGUCAACACCAUUUGUUGGAAAUUAUUUUUACUAUCCAAAUGAAGAAUUUAAACAUCCAGAUGAAAUAAAUCAUUUAAUUGAAAAUGAUCUUCAUUAUCAAUCCUUUGUUAUGGCUCAUAAUGGUUGGAUUAUUAAUGAUGAUCCACUUAGAAAUUUUGCUGAUGAAGGCCAAGAAAGCUAUUUAAGACGUGAUAUUCUUCAAUGGUCUGAUUUAAUAAAACUUCGUUUUGGUACAAAAUAUGAAGAUUGUCCAUCAUUAUAUAAUUAUAUGAAAGAAUAUACACGAUUAAUAGCAACGACAUUUCAUGGUUGUCGUCUUGAUAAUUGCCAUUCAACACCAUUAUGGUUUGCACAAGAAAUGAUGGAUUAUGCUAGAGAAAUAAAUCCGAAUUUUUAUAUCAAUGCUGAACUUUCCACAGGAAAUAUAAAAAGUGAUGUUCGUUUUAUUAAUCGAAUUGGGAUUAAUUCUAUACUUAAAGAAUCCCAUCGAGCAUUUGAUCCAUACGAAUUAGGACAAAUGAUAUCAUUAGUUAGUGAAAGUGAUCCAAUUGGUUCAUUUAAUAAAUCUCGAAUAUGUAAAUUAUUGCAAACAAAACCGUAUGCAUGGUUUUAUGAUCAAACACAUGAUAAUCCAUGUCAAAUUGAAAGAAGAUCAGUGGAAGAUUCGAUAACACGUUCAGCUUGUGUUGCUAUGGCAAAUUGUUCCACUGGUUCAAAUCGAGGUUAUGAUGAAUUAAUUCCACAUCAUAUUGAUGUUGUUCAUGAAACAAGAUUUUAUUCAAAAUGGGGUUAUCAGAAUAAACAAAUUAAUGAAAAAACCGCAAUUAUUUCAAUAAAAAAAUCUUUAAAUAAAUUACAUAUGGAUCUUUUUCAACAAGGUUUUACUCAGUUAAUGGUUGAUCAAUUAAGUACAUCAGCAUUAUUAAUAAAUCGUCAUAAUCCUGAAACACAUAAAUCCGUUUUAUUAAUAUCUCAUACGUCUUUUUUUCAGCCAAGUGGAAAAUGGGAAUAUAUUAAUUCAUUAUCAAUUGAAGGUGUUAUUGAUGAUAUUAUACUUGAAGCAUCAAUUAAUCAUCCACAAGAAAGAGAACCGGUAAGAAAUUUUCAAAGAUCAAAAGAAUACAUUAAUGGACUUGAACAAACAAAAAUUUAUUUUCGUGAAAAUGUUCUAAUUGAACAAAGUCGUUGCAUUCGUUUAAAAUCUCCGAAUUCUCCUGAUUAUAUUGGUUUUCGAACCAUUGAAUUUACAAAUGAAUUUCGUCCGGGAUCAAUAAUUGCUUUACAGAUUUCAGUUCUUCCACAAAUUCGUCAAUCAAUUAUUAAUAUUAAACAAAUGAUAAAACAAUUUUCAAAUUCCACAAGUCAGUUUAAUAAAAUUGUUAAAAAUUUAACAUUAAUUGAUCUUGAACGUGUUCUUUAUCGAACAUCAGCUGAAGAACAAUCGGAUGGAAAAAGUUUUGAUGUUUAUAUUAUACCUGAUUAUGGAAAACUUAAUUAUUGUGGUCUUCAAGCAAUUAUAACUAUUCUUGAUCAAAUCCGUUUAUUUAAUCAACUUAAACAUCCUUUAGUUCUGAAUUUAAAACAAGGAAAUUGGUUAAUGAAUUAUAUAUCAAAUAGACUUAAAAUCUAUUCAAAUACAAAACAAUUAGGAGAAUGGUAUGAUAAUGUUUUUCGAUAUAUAAAUUCAUUAUCACGUCUAAUGAUUCCAAUUUAUUUUGAUUUAAUUAUUCGAAAUUCCUAUGAAUUAUUAUUAGAACAUGGAUCAUCGUUAAUGAGUUCAUUUAUACGCCAAUCAUCAAUAUUUAUUCGUUCAUUAGCUCAAACAAGUAUUCAAUUAAUAAGUAUUGUUCCUAAUUCACGUUUACCAUUAUUAUCACCGAAUUUAUGUGAACCUCGUCCAUUCGAAGAAAAAAAUGAACAAACAUUUGAAAUUAUUCAACAAAUUCCAUCGUUAGCUACUGGUUUUCCAUAUUUUGCUUCUGAUAUAUGGAGAAACUCGAGUAGAAAUACAUUUACAUCAUUACGUGGUCUUCUUUUAUUAACUGGUCGAUAUGAAGAAGCUCGUUAUUUAAUAUUAUCUUAUGGUGGAUGUCUUCGUCAUGGUUUAAUACCUAAUUUAUUAGCUGAUGGUAAAAUAUCUCGCUAUAAUUCACGGGAUUCUGUUUGGUGGUGGUUAUAUUCAGUAUCAAAUUAUACAAAUAUUGUACCGGAUGGUUAUAAAAUACUUUCAGAUAAAGUUUCACGUUUAUAUCCAACACAUGAUAGUCCAAUACAGCCAGUUGGUUCACAUGAUCAAUUCUUAUAUGAUGUUAUUCAUGAAGUUCUUCGAUGUCAUUUACAAUUAUUAUCAUUUCGUGAGCGUGGUGCUGGACAUUCUCUUGACUCAAAUAUGAACGAUGAAGGUUUUAAUAAUCAAAUUGGUGUUGAUAGUAAAACUGGUUUUGUUUUUGGUGGAAAUCGUUGGAAUUGUGGAACUUGGAUGGAUAAAAUGGGUUCAAGUGAAAAAGCUUCGAAUANAGGAACUUCUGGAAAAACAAAAUUACUUUUAACGGAUUGGUUAAAUCGAAUUGAUGAAAAUUUUGAAAAAGAAUUUUGGAUUGAUGAAUCGAAUUCAUCGCAAUUUGUUAAUCGAAAACAAAUAUAUAAAGAUACAAUUAAUUCAACACUUCAAUGGACUGAUUAUCAAUUAAGACCAAAUUUUCUUAUUGCUGCUGUUAUUGCUCCAGAAAUGUUCAAUAAAACUAAUAUAUGGUUAGCAUUAAAACAAGUUGAAACAAUUCUUCUUGGUAAAUAUGGCAUAAAAACUCUUGACCCAAGUGAUUAUAAUUAUGUUGGUGAUUAUGUAAAUGAUGAUGAUUCUCAUGAUUAUAAACGAGCACAUGGUUUUAAUUAUCAUAAUGGUCCUGAAUGGUUAUGGCUAACGGGUUAUUAUUUACGAGCUAAACUUUAUUGGUCAAAACAACAAAGUGAUUCAAUAACUUUAAAAGAAACAAUAAAACACAUUCGAAAAAUAAUAUCAUUACAUAUCGAUUUAUUAAAUUUAAAUGAUUGGAAAGGUUUACCUGAAUUAACCAAUGAUGAUGGUCAAUCAUGUUCUUAUUCAUGUUAUAUUCAAUCUUGUUCAUGUGCAACAUUUUUAGAAGUUUUAUAUGAUCUUUCAAAAAUUUAA